AUGAAGACCGCUCUUCCCUUUUGUCGGGGUUUCCCCGCACAAUCUCGCUGUUAUCUCCGUCCUGUUCUCCCCCGGGCCUGCCAACCUCGACCUUUUGCCAAUUCCACGCGCAGAUGGAAUGGCAGCUCUACCAAGAAGGCGUCGGGUCCUGAGUCCAAUGCGAAUCCCAGCAAUGGACCGUUUUGGACAACUGGUCGUGCCUUAAUCCUGGCAGCGCUGGCCAGCUCAGCCGCCUAUGCUCUCGCCAGCUCUCGCGAGACUCCGCCAUUGAAGAUCAACGCCGCUGGCCAGCAGCCUCAAUAUGGUUCCAUGCAGGACUUUGAAAAGUCUCUUGGGCUCACAAGAGUCUUUCAGGCGAUUGCGGAACUCCGAGCCAAACUAGGUGAAGAUGCCAUCAGUACCGACGAGGACGACCUACACGAGCAUGGCUACUCUGAAUGGUCCUCUGUCAAUGCAGAUCGGCUACCAGUGGCUAUUGCGUACCCGAAAUCGACCGAAGAGGUUUCAGAGAUCGCCAAGGUCUGUCACAAGUACCGCAUGCCUAUGGUGCCUUAUUCAGGGGGCUCCAGCCUGGAGGCCAAUUUCUCUGCUCCGUAUGGGGGGAUGACGAUUGACUUUGCCCAUAUGGAUCGGAUCUUGGAACUCCAUCCGGACGAUAUGGAUGUUGUUGUGCAGCCUUCUAUACAAUGGAUGGACCUGAAUGAACAACUGAAAGAGAGCGGCCUCUUCUUCCCUGUCGACCCCGGUCCAUCGGCCAAGAUCGGAGGCAUGGUUGGGACCAACUGCAGCGGUACCAACGCUGUGCGCUAUGGCACGAUGAAAGACUGGGUCAUCAAUUUGACGGUCGUCCUCGCGGACGGUCGGAUCAUCAAGACGAGGAGACGGCCACGCAAGACGUCGGCGGGGUAUAACUUGACAGGACUGUUCGUGGGUUCUGAGGGUACCCUUGGGAUCGUAACCGAGAUCACGCUUAAACUGGCUGUAAUUCCAGAGGAGACGCGGGUUGGAGUUGUAACCUUUCCCACGAUGCGUGACGCAGCAUCAGCUGCCAUGCAGAUCAUCCGCAAGGCUGUGCCGGUACAGUCGAUGGAGAUUUUGGAUGAGGUUCAGAUGAAUGUGAUAAACCGUGCAGGGGGUACCGGCCGAACCUGGAAGGAGUCGCCAUCGCUGUUUUUCAAAUUCUCCGGUACUCAUGCCCAGGUGGCAGACAGCAUCCGACUUACAAAAGAUGUUGUCCAGCAGAACUGCGCCAGCUCAUUUGAAUUUGCCCGGAACGAGGAGGAGGCCCACGUGUUGUGGUCUGCUCGGAAGCAAUCACUCUGGAGCAUGCUCGCUUUGCGAAAGGAAGGGUCAGAGGUUUGGUCAACAGACGUCUCGGUUCCCAUCUCCAGACUUCCUGACCUGAUCGAACUAUCGAAGAAGGAAUUGGAUGAUCUGGGACUUUUUGCGAGCCUCCUUGGGCACAUUGGAGACGGCAACUUCCACGAGAGCAUCAUGUAUAACCGCCAUGACCCAGAAGAAAAGGAACGGGUUGAGAAAUGUGUCUACAAUAUGGUCGACCGCGCUCUUGAAAUGGAAGGGUCUUGCACGGGUGAGCACGGCAUCGGUCUGGGUAAGAAGGAAUCUCUCCUGAAGGAACUCGGACCGGACACGAUCAAUGUCAUGCGCAGCAUCAAGCUCGCUCUCGAUCCGCACUGGCUGCUGAACCCGGGAAAGAUUUUCGACUUUUCAGAAAGCAAACCCACCGAUGCGUCUGGCCUGGAAGCCGCACGUCUGGCGGGAGCGAAGAAGGCUUCCGUUUUUCCCAACGAUCAUUGCAUGGUCAAAAAUAAGCUCGGAAUAGAAUAUUGUAUUCCCAACAUAAGUUACUUAAGUCUUACACAAUCUAUUGACAAGAACGAAGAAGAAUGCACGUAA